AUGUCUGCAAAAGAACCCUCUAUUACACGCAUAAGAAGAGAGGUAAGAGAGGGGAGUUUCCAAAUAGCAACCACUGUCAUCUUCUGUCUGUGCAUGGCUUCUUUUGUGGUUAUUCUUGCAGUGUUCAUCAAUGAUCAUGUCAAGAAAUUCAUGGUAUCUGAGGAAUUUUACUACCCUCACCUCAACAUAAUCGCUCCACUACAUCCUUGGUCUCCAUCCUCACAUUUUCAUUGUAACUCUUCACCAUCGUCUUCUCUUUCUUCCAUGCUUCCAUCAAAUCUUUCUGUUACGCACAGUACGUUGAUGGAUUGGAUAUCUCCUAAAGAUCUUUGGCAUUCAAUGACCGAUGAGGAGUUGUUGUGGCGAGCGUCGAUGGUUCCCUGUAUUGUGGAGUAUCCGUAUAAUCGGAAGCCAAAAGUGGCGUUCAUGUUCUUAACUAGGGGAAGAUUACCUCUUGCACCACUUUGGGAGAAGUUUUUCAAAUGCCAUGAAGGGCUCUUCUCAAUAUACCUCCACACUUCGCCAGAAUUCACCUAUGAGCCUCCCCAAUCAUCGGUGUUUUACAAGCGUAGAAUACCAAGCCAGCCAGUUCACUGGGGAAGGGUGACAAUGAUCGACGCAGAAAGACGACUUCUAGCCAAUGCUCUCCUUGACUUCUCCAACGAGAGAUUUGUAUUACUCUCAGAAACAUGCAUUCCUCUGUUCAAUUUCACCACAAUCUACACAUACCUCAUGAACUCUAACCACAGCUUUCUCAGUUCUUUCGACGAUCCACGACGAAUAGGCCGUGGAAGAUACAACAAACGAAUGUGGCCGACGAUCACGUUAUCCAAUUGGCGAAAAGGAUCACAAUGGUUUGAAGUUAGCCGGAGGCUUGCGGUCGAGAUAGUCUCCGAUGUGACAUAUUACCCUGUGUUUCAAGAGCAUUGCUUGCCUCCUUGUUACAUGGAUGAGCAUUACUUGCCAACACUUGUGAACAAACGUUGUCCCGAGCUGACUUCGAAUACGAGCAUUACAUGGACUGAUUGGUCUCAAGGUGGCUCACACCCGAAGAGGUUUGUGAGACGAGAUGUGUCGGUGACAUUUUUGAAUCGUGUGCGAUUCGGGUUUAACUGUACUUACAAUGGUGUCAUGAGCUCAAUUUGCUUUCUUUUUGCAAGGAAAUUUGAUCCUAGUACUCUAGAGCCAUUGCUGAAAAUAUUUCCUACACAGUUUGGUGACUCUCAUAGAUGUUCAGUCAUGAUAAAUCCAAAUCAUUGAGAGAGAAUGUGAAAAAGAA